AUGGUGGACAGGCCUCAAUACGAGCCGCCGACCAAGAUCCUAGCGGAUAGACGAGAACGCCCGAUGGCGAUGAUCGUCAUGUCGGCGUCGGCAAGGGAGUCGACCACCGCACCAGAUAUCGCAGGAGAAGACGAUACGACCGAGCCGAUGGGAGAGAUCAAGAGUGAUCGAGAACAGUUUCGAUCAACGGAAUUGGGAGGGGUACUAGUUGAACCGAAGGAGGAAGCUGAUGAUGACAUGGACGAUGCUGUCUGCUACCAUGAAGGCGGAGACAUCUUCCCUGAAGAUAUCGAGAACAACAUGGCUGUCCUGCCGGAAGUGGAGGCUACCACGAAGGAAGUCACCAUCGACGACAUACAACGAUGUCGACGGGUAGCGCCACAAUUCCGCGAGAAGCUGUCCAUGCUCAUCAAGGGACUGCUGUCGGCAAAGAUCAUCACCGCUUCCACCUCACCUUGGGCGCCACCCAUCGUAGUCAUCAUCAAGGCUAACGGGGUUGACAAUCGCAUCUGCAUUGAUUACCAGGUGGUGAACAGCCUUACG